AAGUGAGAGAUCGCGCAGCUGCAGCUGGCUGUCUGUCUGGCUGCCGGGGCCGUGGCCGGAGGAAGAUGUGAGGGGAGGUUGUCGGUGUCGGUGUCGGUGCCUGGAGUCCGGGCGGGCGGGGGUUGACGCUCCCAUGCCGCCUGACAACACGUGGCAGCGCCGAUUACCAGGAUGUUUCGCCGUUCAAGACUCAGUAUAAGGCCCAAUGUGAAGCCUGGUGGAAGAAGUUCAUCACAAGCCUUGAAGGGGGAUGAUAAGACUCGUACUUCAGACCAGCAACUAAAUUCAGAAGGAAAAUCUUCCAAUGAAAAAGAUGAUUCUGGACUUCCAGCUGCUUCGGAGUCUUUCCCACCAACACCACUGCCUAAUCCAGGUGUUGCACAAGAAGAGAGAGACGACCCAGAUGAACAGCAGGAAAAUGUUCCACUUAACAAGAAUGAGAAGAAUGAUAAGACUGGUGUGUGUGCAACACAGGGUAAAUCACCCGUGGCACCUUUGCAAAGAAGGAAGCGCUUCUCCACCAUGUUGAAUUUGGCCAAACCAAGAGCCACAUCUUUGUCUGCACAGCAGUCGGCCAAUCUAACAGCAAAAUCUCCUCAACAACAAAAUCUAUUAGCUCCUGUCACCAAUGUGGCAUCCAUUCAAGAUAGUUCUGCUCCGUCCACCACUGAGAAAGCACUUCCCAAAUCUCCAGAGAAACGAAAACCCUCUUCAGGCCAACAUAUCAAAUUGCCAGAAAAGAAAACUCCAAUUCCUCAAGUACCACAGUUCUCCCCUGUUAAAAACCAUGUGCACAAAGAUUCAGCUGUAGGAACUAGUUCUCCCCGAGUGCCAGUGACGCGGAAGACAUUGUCUUCGCCACUUAAGGAGAGGAUUACGCCCAGCAGCACACCAACAAAAGGAAUCGUCCCGUCUCCCAGUGUCUCGCCUGCACGCCCAAAGUCUGCAAAAGUCCCAGAUGACCUUGAAAGACUCAGGAAAGCACGGAAAUUACGAGAAAUGUUGAAAGAGGAGAUGAAGAAAGAGAAGAAAGCUCACAAAGAAAUGAUUCCAUUUUGGGAAACUAAUCACCCACCAGAACGUACUAAAAUGACCAUGAGAGACUUCAUCUACUAUCUGCCUGACACUAAUCCAAUGCUAUCUACAUUCGAAGAAGAAAAAAGACCACCUUUCCCAGUUCUAAAUAAAGAGCCAGAAGUGGGAAGUGCCAAUGCCCCAGCUAAUGAGGAUGAAGAUGAAGAUGAAGAUGAAGAAUCUGAUGAUGCUAUUCAGGGUCCACGAGUCAAAGUAGCUGAAGAUGGCUCUAUUAUUAUUGAUGAAGAAAGCUUAACGGUCGAGGUUUUAAGGAUGAAGAAAUCUAAUAUUGUUGAAGAAAAUGAUCCAAUUUUUGAACGUGGCUCUCAGACAACCUAUUCCAGCUUUAGAAAGAGCACCCAUACAAAGUCAUGGUCUGAUAAAGAAACUGACAUGUUCUUUCUGGCAAUAAGUAUGGUUGGGACAGAUUUCUCUAUGAUUGGUCAGUUGUUCCCAAACAGAUCAAGGAUCGAAAUAAAGAAUAAAUUUAAACGGGAAGAAAAAUUGAAUUCAUGGAGGAUAGACAAAGCAUUUAAAGAGAAGAAACCACUUGAUCUGGGUUUUUUUGGAGAGCUUUUAUCUCGGGUUUUGGAAGCAGAGGCAAAGAGAAAGAGAGAAAGGAAUGGAGGAGAUAAAAGUCAAGCUCCAAGAAAAUCAACUAACAAACGGAGCAGGAAAAGCAAGAUAUUGAAAGAGUCCGAAAGUGAUCCUGAUGACCCUGAUUCAGUUGAAGAUACUGAUCACGAAUUAGCAGAGGAUGAGUCUAAUGGCAUAGCAGAAGGAACUGAAGCAUCCUGCAGUCUGGAAGGUGCACAGAAUGGAGACUCCAUAUCAAAAGCCUAUUCGAUCAAACACAAGCAAAAACGAAAGAUGAAAGAUGCUGCAGAACAAUCAGAGGAAGAAAUUGCUACUGAACAACCAGAGAAAGAUGAUGACAUUGAAAAAUCAGAAUGUAAAGUACAUCAGCGCAAUAAAGGAGACGGGGAAGAUUCAGCUUCAGUUUCAAUUAUAGAAGAUGAAGAUGAAAACAAUAAUGUGACCAAUGGUGAAACAUUGUCUGACCGAGAGACAUCUGAAAGCAAACAGUCACCGCAUGUCAGGAGAAAGGAGAAACCCAAGGAAGAAGAUAUUUCAUUAAGUGGAUGUGAAGACGAAACACUGUCAGGAACAACAACCCCAGUCACAAGAGGAAAUUCUAACAAAUCUCAGCUUGCUCGGCGCCAGAAAGCUAAGCCCAACUUAAAACUGAUUGGGAGGAAAAAAGCAGGAGGAAAGCAAGAUAUAACAACUGAUCAAAAACCCAGUGCAUCUUACGAUAAUGGGGUGGAAUCUGGGGCCGUCGAGGAGAAGGAAUCCGGGCAGGAUGAGGAGAAGGAAUCCUGGCUCAUCGAGGAAAAGGAAUUCCAGCCCAUCAAAGAGGAGGAAUCUGGGCCCAUCAAGGAAAUGGAAUCUGGGUCUGUCAAGGAGAAGAAAUCCAGGCGUGUCGAGGAGAGGGAACCUGGGCGCAUUGUGGAGAAGGAUUCCCGGCCCAUUGAGGAGAAGGGAUUUGAGCCCAUCGAGGAGAAAGGAUUUGAGCCCAUCGAGGAGAAGGGAUUUGGGCCCAUCGAAGAGAAGGAAUCUGAGGUCAUUGAGGAAAAGGAAACUGGGCCCUUCGAAGAGAAGGGAUCUGGGGCUGUUGAAGAUAUAGAAUUUGGUCCCGUCGAGGAGAUGGCAUCCGAGGCCAUUGAGGGGAAGGAAUCCCCACCCGUUGAGAUGGGAUCAGGACCUGUCGAGGAGAGAGAAUCUGGGCCUGUUGUGAAGAAGGAUUUCAGACCCGUCGAGGAAAAGAAAUCUGUCGUCAUUGAGGAGAAAGAAAGCGGGCCCUUCGAGGUGAAGGGAUCUGGGGCUGUCGAGGGGAAGGAAUCCCAACCCAUUGAGGGGAAGUUAUAUGGGGCUGUCAAGGAGAUAGAAUCGUGGCCUGUUGAGGGGAUGAGAUCUGGCCCUGUCGAGGGGAAGGAAUUCCUAGCCGUUGAGGAGAAGGGACCCGAGCCUGUCGAGGUAAUGACAACUGGGUCCGUCAAGGGGAAGGAAUAUGGGGCUGUUGAGAAGGUAUCCGGGGUCAUCGAGGAGAAGGAGACCAGGCACUUCGAGGCGAUGGGAUCUGCAGCUGUCGAGGAGAAGGGAUCACCGCUGCAGGAUCAUGACACUGGCCUGGAAGAACCAUCUGAGAUUAAGAAUGUCAGCAGUGCAUUGAUGUCUGAAACAACAGAAGCUGAUAAAACUGAAGAGAUAACAUCAAGCAAAGUACAAGAUUCUGACACUGAGCCACGGGCUGUAGAGAAACGAGAGGAACCCAGAAACAAACCAUGUCGACCUGUAAGGAGUCGUUUCCAGAAGCCCAAGCCAAAUUUAGGGAGAGCGGUGGUAAAGAAAAAUGUGUCAAUGCAAGAAAAAAAAGUUGCUGCAGCGCCAGAAAAUAAUAGUGCAAUUCAAGACGUUGUUGGGCUCAGUCCAGAUACCUCUAUUAAUAAAGCAAGUGAAGCUCACCAGCACUCUGCAAGCAAUGCUUGUUUUGUAAUGGGUGCAAGAAAUUUGGAUGACAUUCCAACGCAGCAAGAUGCAGUCCAGAAUCGAUCAGGAGGAACCAAUGCAUCAGCAGUCUCAUCAUCUCUGAUAUCUCCAGAUGCUGCAUCCUCGGAUUCAGCUGCAGAGCCAUCAAGAAGAAGCACGUGGGAUUCUAACAAACUACUGCAACCCGAAAGGACAUCCGAGUACCACGAACAGAAUGAGGAAGAGGAGAUAACGCUGGCUGCCAUUCAGGAAAAUAUUUUGAGCAAACCAACUAGAUCUGGAAGACAGCCCAAGCCCACAUCAUUUUAUACUCCUUCAGCACAUUAUCAGCGACCAGCUAUUUCAACAUUAUUAUCUGAGGGAGAAAACGAGGGCAAGGUCAGAAGUAGACCUGUUCGAUCUCACAAAGCUAAACCCAAAGUCAGCAAAGUCUUGGGCAAGAAGGAGGCUCAGACUAAAAAUACUGGGAAAGGUCAAGGAACACCAAAGAUGACGCUUGUGACCCUGAGGGCAUCCCAAGAAGCUGAUGAUGAUGAAGAAUCGGAUAUAGAAGAGGAAGAUGACAUCUACCCCAUCAAUCCUGAGGAGGUCAACAAAGCUCCAGCGUUUGUGCCAAUUAGUCUUCGAUCUCCUGAACCUGUUCAAGCCCAAGUGGAGGAAACUAUGGAAGAGCUUGAAAUAGCAAUUAAUGUCUCAGACAAGAACUAUACUAGUGAUGCUGAACAUUCACUUCUUGAGUUACAUGAUAAACGUGAACCCAGUCAGUCAUGCACCUUUAUUCCAGAGGAAGAUUACCACCCAACAACUGCUGAACAGAUUGAACAUUUUGUUGAAGUUAUUGAAGUUCCAAGAGAUGAUCCAGUUCAAGAAGAGGAUCACCGCAUGGCCGAGCUUGGUGAUAGUUUAAGGGACGCUGCAUAUACAGAUGUAAUCUGUGUUGAUCAGAAGACUUCUGAAGAAGAAUCUGUCCUUGGUAGUGAUGUUCCUUCCUUGCAGAUUGUGACGUGCGGUACUCACAGUGUGAACGAUGAAUCAAGUAUUGAUUCUAGCAGACCAUGUGCUCCUCCAGAGGAAGAUCUGAUGAGUGAACUGGACUUGCAAAAGCCUCCUCUUCCAGAAGAAGAUGCUACCAAAGUUGGUUCCAGUUCUUCAGUCACUGAGGUAUCAGAUGGUGCAGAGAGGAACAUUGCCAGGAGAAGGUGCAGAUUUCCAAAACCUAAACCUAACCUCGGUAAAUCCACUUCCAGAAGUCAUGUAAUAAAGCCUUAUCAUACCACAGAGAAUGAAGAAAUGAAAAGCUCCGCUGGAUCGGCGUUGGAAGGGGAAAAACAGGGUAAUAAAACAGAACUGGAACCUGAUGACUCCUUGCCAAUUCUAUUGGUGACAAUAGAAGGCAGUGAAGAAAAUGUAACCAUAAAACAGAUUCCAGCCGGACAACCAAAUAGUAAGAUAUUGGUACCUGAUGAUCAAGACAGAUGUGUGGGUGAAGAGGGAGUGAGCAAAACUUGGCAUUUAGACUCUGAGACCAAGCACCUGGGUGAAAGGUUACAGAUUUUAACAUCUCAUGGACAAGACAACUCUGCUGGAGAAGAACAGAAGAUGAAUAGAAGUGAGCAUCUGGAAAGUGGAUCUGAUCACUCGAAUGAGCAGUUGAACUUAUCUGAUGAACAAGACGGUGUGGGAGAAAAAGAGAGACUAAAUAGAACUGAACACACAGAAAGUGGAUCCGAGCAUCUGACUGAAAAGUUAAGUUUGUUAUUAUUUCAGAAGAAGGACAAACAUUUGACAGACAACGAACAAAUGAGUAAAACUGAGCAUUUGGGCAAUAAGGUCCAUGAUCCCAGUGAAGAGCUACAAGCUUCUGAUGAACAAGAUGAGUGUGUUGGAGAUGAGGUGGAAAUGAAUCCCACUGAGCAUCGAAAUGAUGUCAGUGGGCAACCGUGUGAAAGGUUGUCUCCAGCAGAUAUUCAACAAUACACAACAAUUCAAAGCCAGGAUGUUCAACCAGGAAUUUCCACAGAAACAUACUUCACACAAUCUACAUUGACUUUAUGUCAAGCUGCUGAUCCAAUUCUGUCUGUUGAGGCAACAGAAACAAUUCCAGAAGCUCAGUGUUCGAGUUACUCACCAAAGAUUGGUAACGAAGAAUCUCAAAACGUGGAAUACCAGGAAACACUGAAAACACGCAAAGAAAACUUUGAGAACCUAUUGACAGAUGAAAACACAAAAGAAGAGACAAUCAUAUUAACCUUGUUUGAGAUUCCAGCCUCUUCUUUAACAGAAUAUGGUGAAUCUUUAGCUCCCUACAUCCCUGUUUCAGAAAACACCUUGAGUUAUGUUGAGCCAUGUCCACCUCUAACAACAGAAAACAUCAAAUUUACUGUGAGCCCUGAUCUAUCAGUAGAGGCACCGACUGUAUCCAGUAUGCCUGAAUCAGUGCCAAUUCUAGACAGUAACGUCCAACAAUGGAGUUCAAAUAUGCUAAGCUUGAACAUGGGACAAAUGAAUAGAAAAAGGAAAGCUGACAAUUUAAGUGUUGAUCAAAAUUAUUCUGUCACAAAGAGCCCAGAGAUUACAUCAAGUUAUGAGGACCCCAAUGAAAAUGUUUCACAGACUGAAAAAAUAAUUCAAUCACAUUUAGCGAACUUUUCAUCACCUAAGGUUUGCCCAGAACCGUCAGCAACAAAUACAUUAAGUGGUGAUGAUAUUACUCAAAUGGGUGUUCCACCACAAUCUGCUGAUGAUUUCUCAUCCGCUCCUUUGGAAGAAGUGCUCAAUCUGGCUCAUGUUGAAAGAUCAGCUCAGACCCCUUCUGAACCUGAAGAAGUGAGGAAAUCUUCACAGAUAAGGAGAGGUAAACUCGCUGUGGAACCCAACAUUUCAACAAGGAGAGCUGCAAGCACUUCUGAGACUGGUCUUUCAGAUAUAAAUUAUAAUACUCUGAACAUUUCAGACGCAACAAAAAAUGCACCGUCACUUCUGCCUCCUGAAGAAAGUGUACAAACUGAUGCACGAUGUAAUGCAUCAGUAGAUGUGGAUUCCAUGCAACAGGAGCUGGGUGCUGAUGACGAUUACAAAUGUGAAAAUGAAGCUCAAGAUGCUGCAGAGACGGCAACUGCCGCAGUAUUGGCUUGUUACUCUCCAGAGAUUUCAAUGGCAGUUAUAGAUGAGGGCAUUCUAACAGGGCUAUCAGACACAAUUACACAAAGUACAGGUUCUACCUCUAGUACAACGCUAAAAAGACCAGUUCGCAAACCUCGAGGCUUUUUAUCCUUCAUAUCAAAAAAGUCCUCUGAAGGUGAAAGUGAGGUGAAAUCCAAAAGGACGAAAUUUCAGAAACCAUGUAUAAAUCUCCCCCAGUUUUCUGGGAAAAGGCCAAUCCCAACUGCAGCAGAUGCUGAAGAAAUGAAAGCAAGUGGUUCUCCACCUGCAAAAAGGCAGUCUUGUGAAAAGGCAGAUGGGAGUCAACCCAACACCACAAGUCCCCCAACUAAAGUGACGGGUAACUCAUCGUUACAGAGUUGGCAGUCUGAAUCUUAUACGGAGGAGGCCUGUUGUGCAGCAGAACAGGACACAGAACAGAUGCCACCAACGAGAGUUGCAGAAUAUUUCUUCAGUGACAUUUUCACAGAAGUGGAGGAACAAGAAUGAAGAAGGGAUGUGUGUGAAGCUACAAAUGUAAUCGGUAUGGGUACAUCCCAGAAUAAUGUGAUUAGGUUCUUGACCUAAUCACUGCAUUGGGGUCAUGUGAUGUAUGAAUCUGAACAGACCUUAUUUGCUUUUACUUGCACUAUGAUCUCCUAUUAAUGUACUUCAGUUGUGAUUGCAAUGGGGAUUCAAAAUUUUGGCCAACUUCUUCAGGACAUAUCAAGAUUUUGCAGGGUGAUUUAUUGUAACAACGGUUUCGUUAUACAUGAAAAAUAACUGCUAUUUACUAUUCUUUCAAUAUAUUAUAAAUUCAUUCAGUAGAAUGAUAUUUUUAUUCUGCAGUUGUGUACGAUAUUUAAGGGUCUUGCAUUCUCUGAAUGUGAAUAAUGCCUUUUUUGUAACAUAAGCUUGACCAGUCGAAAUACACACUUGAACAAUGGCAACUUGAUUUACCUUUAAAGUGAUGUAAAUGUUAUUACAGAAAAGGGCAUACAAGAGGUGUGCUUACUCAUAUUUCUGUUUAUUGUAUGAACUCAUUCUGAUAUUGACUUUCAAUGAACAGAACGUGUAUGACGUCAAUGUAUUGCACUUUAACAUCCAAGUAAUUAAUCAGGAUCACUUUAAAUUAGGGAAUCUAGAAUCCAUGAAUGUAUGGGUUAUCAUAUAUUUGCCAAUGCAGUUACUCACCUGAGAAAAAUGAUUUAAAUGGAGUAUUUCUUGGUUAUAGUAAAUGGAAAAUCAUCAUAUUAAAGCAAUAAAUAGUGGAACCAAACCAAAAAACAUGAUACAGAGAAAAGCAAUGAAUGUACAGAGUCUAAUUGAAAAGGACAAAUUGUAUUAUUGAAAUAAUUCAUUGACAUCUAAGUUGUGAGAUAAAAGGGCAUAGUAUGUUUUUGGAUUUUGAAUGCAGAUUUUAUUGAGAGAAGUGGAAUAGGAACUAGUUACAUUUGUGCACAAAUUAUUACAAAAGUAGUUGACUGUUAUGGUUUGUUUUCAACAAUUUGGAUGCAUGUCAGAACAAUGCCUUGUGAUGAAUUCGUAAGUCUGUCUCCAUUUACAACUUUGUUGUAAUCGUGAGGAUCGCACAAAUUUGAUGAGUUUCUCUGAUACUGAGGACUGUUUUUAUCACUCAUUUGUUCUUUGAAGAAUGUGCCUUAUUCAUCUGACGGUGACAUUCCUUUUAAAUAACUAAUCAAAAGUAAAUAUUUGCAAGUUUGGAUGUGAGCCUGUCGGGCUAAUAUCAACAUUUACUAUGAUUGAUUUAAGUUUAAAGUUGCGAUGGACUGAGAUUUGUUUGCAUGUCAUACAUGUCAAUAAUGAGAGACAAAAUUAUUUUUUGUAAAAUUACCUGCACUUGUGUUUUUGUUCUUGAAUAUAUUUGCAUAUUUCAGAACAAAUUUUAGUUUUGGGCAAAUUGACCUUUUUAAACUCCUUCCCAAGAUGUGUUUUAAAACAAGCUAUUAACUAUGUUCCUUUAGUUAACAUUAUGGAAAUGUGAUGUGCUGUUAAUCAGACUGUCUUUCAAUAUGGGACAUAAUCACAUUUGCAGAUAAUUUACCUCAUUUUUUGUAUUUGGAUUAUUAUUUAAUAUUAUUCUACUCAGGUGACUUUGAUAUUUUGAUGACUUGAACAUUGGAAAAAAAUUGAAAGAGAAGAGAGAUUUCGAAUGAAUUAAAAUGUGAACUUGUUAUGUUGUUAA